GGGUUUGGGUUCGCGCCAGGGUGGCGUGACGGAAGAGAGGGACGCCGCCUGCGGGGUCCAUGGCGUGCCGGAGUUGAGCAGGAGGACGACGGAAUUUUCUAUCAAGAGGGGCCUAUGUCCGACGAUAAUGCAUUCGAGGAGGACGUCGGCAACUUUCGAGGAGGUCGCGGGCCUGCGGCAAAAACAGCACUGAACCGCGCGACUCCUUCAGCGGGAACCGGAGCAGGGCAGUCUACAACCGUCGGGAGGUUUCUAAUGGCAGGGAGUGGACAGCCACGGCCGGCGACAAUACCAACGGGCCAGUGUACGGGAGGCGGCCUUGAGGAUCGCGGGGAACAUGAGGAGACUGCCGAUUACGAGUGA